AUAAAACAUUCCUAAAAACUCUUCAUUCUUGUCAGCUUACCAAGACCGAACUCUACACUCACAAUGCUCGGGAAGAUCAUUCUGGAAGAGGCUUUUGCCUUACCCCGCCUCGAAGAAAAGACAAAGUGGUGGGCCGGCAUGUUUAGUACAGACGCCGAGAAGCACACAAAGGAGAUACAAGAUUUAACCGAUAUUCGCCUCAAGUUUGCGGAUCAAUACGGAGUCGGAUACACCAUCCUUUCCUACACUGCUCCAGGUGUUCAGGAUAUCUCUGAUCCCAAGGAAGCUCAGGCUUUGGCUGUUGAGAUUAAUGACUACGUUGCUGAGCAAAUUAAGCCGUUCCCGGACAGAUUGGGAGCAUUUGCCACACUUUCGAUGCACAACCCAAAAGAAGCUGCAGAGGAAUUACGGCGAACUGUAACAAAGUACGGCUUCAAAGGCGCGUUAGUAAAUGACACCCAGAGGGCCGGCGCGGAUGGCGAAGAUUACAUCUUCUACGAUCAACCAGAGUGGGACGUUUUCUGGGAAACACUCACGGAUCUUGACGUGCCACUGUACUUGCACCCACGUAACCCCACUGGUAUUGUCUUCGAGAAGCUCUGGAAAGACCGCCAAUGGCUCAUUGGCCCUCCUUUGUCGUUCGCUGUCGGCGUCAGCCUGCAUGCUCUGGGCAUGGUAACAAACGGCGUUUUUGAUCGUCAUCCAAAGGCCCAAGUAAUUCUCGGGCAUUUGGGCGAGCACAUCCCGUUCGAUAUGUGGCGCAUCAACCACUGGUUUGAGGACCGCAAGAAGCUGCUCAAGCCUGGACUGGACUGCAAGAAAACGAUUCGCGAGUACUUCAACGAGAACUUCUGGAUCACGACAUCGGGUCAUUUCUCCACGACAACCUUGAACUUUGUCAAGGAUGAGGUCAGUGCUGAUCGCAUCCUGUUUUCUGUGGACUAUCCGUUCGAGACCUUCGAAGAUGGCUGUACUUGGUUCGAUAAUGCUGAGAUGAACACCGGAGACCGCCUCAAGAUCGGCAGAGAAAAUGCGAAGGGCUUGUUCAAGCUUAGCGAAUACAAAGACUCCAGCGCGAAAGUAAUCUAAAUAGAUCAACAAACUAGAACAAUCUCAGAAUAUUGUUUUUCUGAGUAUUGCUCACAUUCACGGACUGGUGGGCGGGACGCGGAGAGACGUGACUGCUCGGAGACCCCAAGCCGUCUUUAUGACUAGUUCACUCGAUUUCUCUGUAUUAGUUAGCAAUCAUUUCUCGGUGUGGCCUGCGAGGCAUGAAUGAUAAGAAGUGGACGGGUGAUUGUUUGGGUACCUCACAAAUGUAUGAACUCCUGGGAGCUUACGUACAAGCAUACGUCCUUAUCGAUUAGUUAGGCUUGG